AUGGUGUCAAAACCUGUAAGUAACGAAAAAAAUCAAAAAGAAAAAGAAGAACACAAAAAGAAAACUCCGCCUGGAAUAGUUUCACGGUUACUAUUCUUUUGGACAUUUUCAUUAUUUUACAAUGGAAAUAGACGUGACUUGGAAGAUGAUGACUUAGUGCCUGCGAAAAGUAUAUACGACUCAAAAACAGUUGGAGAUAAACUGGAAAGAAAAUGGUUAGAAGAAGAGGCAAAAGCAAAAGCAUCUGGGCGUCAAGCUUCUUUUGCGAAGGUACUUUUCAAAACUUUCUUCUGGAGCUACAUCCCGGGGGGCAUCAUGCAGUUAUUGUACGUUGGUCUAAGGACUGGUACACCGUUGCUGUUCGCCGAGCUUCUAAACUACUGGUCAGUAAACUCCACCAUGACUCAGGAUCGCGCUGCUAUAUUUGCUGGUAGCAUGGUUUUAGCAAAUUUAGCCUCAGCAUUCUUUAAUCACCACGGGAACUUUUAUUGUCAGCAAUUCGGCAUGAAAUUAAGAAUUGCUACGAGUACUUUAAUGUUUAGAAAGAUAAUGCGCAUGAACAACGGAUCUUUAGGACAAACGACGGCCGGAAAAGUAGUUAAUAUACUAUCAAAUGAUCUGCAACGCUUCGAUUUGGCGUUCCUCUUCCUCCAUUAUGUUUGGAUCAUACCUCUACAACUCGCGGCCGUUAUAUAUUUGGGAUACGUACAGGCUGGCUAUGCGUCACUCAUCGGUCUUGCUGCAUUAAUACUAAUAGCACUACCCAUUCAAGGUUAUCUAGGGCAAUUGGUCGGAAAGGUUAGAUUCCGAACAGCUGAAAAAACUGACGAGAGAAUCAAGGUUAUGAGCGAAGUCAUAAAUGGAAUACAGGUUAUAAAAAUGUACGCAUGGGAGAUACCAUUCCAAAAAGUUAUAGGCGAUAAAAGAAGAGACGAGCUUAAGGAAGUGAAAUCGGCGACAAUAAUCAGAACAGUGUUUCUUGGUUUCAUGAUCUUCACGGAGAGAGCUACGAUAUUUGUCACCAUACUGACUUAUAUAUUGCUAGGAAAUGUUCUUAGUGCUAACGUUAUUUACCCAUUGCAGCAGUUCAUCAGCGCAGCGCAGGUUAAUAUUACUCUGAUACUGCCUCUAGUUCUGUCAUUUACAGCUGAACUCUUUGUGUCUCUUCGUAGAGUACAAGAAUUUUUAAUAUUGGGUGACCGACCAGAUUUAGUAAUGGACAUCACUAGUCCACGACAGUCCAAGUUGUUCAGGGAUGUCAAUGGUAGCUUCAAGGAGUCAAAGCUUUCACCGGUACAGCCGUUGUCUUAUCACGUCACUUCAGACACUCGGGCCACAAACGGUGUCAAUGGUUCUAUACGAAGGAGAUACCGUAGAAGUCUUUCUCAGUCUAACGAUACUGCUGUUGAAAUAAGAGAUGUAUCAGCUAGUUGGAUAGCUGAUCCCAACUUCCUCGCUCUGAAAAGUAUUUCUUUAAGAAUCCGCAGAGGAAAGCUGUGUGCAAUCAUAGGAGCUGUUGGAUCUGGAAAAUCGUCUAUUUUACAACUGCUGCUCAAAGAAUUGCCAGCGGCAGUUGGCAGCGUUUCCGUGUUUGGCGAUGUUUCUUACGCCUGCCAAGAGGCGUGGCUCUUCCCUAGUACUGUUCGGGAAAAUAUUCUGUUCGGUCUACCCUACGACAAAGAAAAAUAUAGGAGGGUAUGCAAAGUAUGCGCUUUGGAGAAGGAUUUCAAGCAGUUCCCUUACAGCGACCAAACUCUAGUAGGGGAGAGGGGGGUGUCGCUAUCAGGGGGACAGCGCGCCCGAAUCAAUUUGGCACGAGCUGUAUACAGAGAAGCUGAUAUUUACCUACUCGAUGACCCGCUAUCAGCAGUGGAUGCAAAUGUUGGACGCCAACUCUUCGAUGGAUGCAUUAACGGAUACUUAAGAGGACGCACCCGCAUCUUAGUAACACAUCAAAUACAUUUCUUGAAAGCCGCUGACUAUAUCAUCGUUUUAAAUGAGGGUGGUAUUGAAAAUAUGGGUACAUUUGAUGAACUUGUUUCAUCGGGUAAAGAAUUCGCUAUGAUGCUUUCCGCAUUGCAAGAAGGUAAAGACAAAGACAGUGACAGCAUUAAUUCAGGGAAAUCCGAUGACAAAGAAAAACCAGCAUUGUUAAGAGCGAUAUCAACUAAUGAAAGCGAAGAUAUACCUCAGUUUGAAGAGCAGAAAAUGGCAGCAGAAGAAAAACAAUCAGGAAAUUUACGAUGGGACGUUAUUUACUCUUACUUCACCUCUGGUGGAAACAUUUGUUUCAUACUAUUUGCAAUGUUCAUGAUAGUACUUGCGGCUGCGAGCGCAGCCGGUGCUGACUAUUGGAUUAGUUUUUGGUCAAAUCAAAUGGCUGCUUUCGAAGAAGAAAGUGGCGGUGCGGAACUGGAUCCGGGACUAGAUGUCCAAAUUGGUCCCUUUACAACUGGCCAGUACCUAAUCAUUAGUGGAGCUAUAAUUAUUACUUGCAUUUUACUCACUCAUGUCAGAGUUGUUCCAUUCGUUAGUCUGUGUGUGAGCGCAUCGCAAAAACUGCACGACAAAAUGUUCUCUACCUUACUGAAAGGAAUCAUGCGUUUCUUUGAUACUAGCUCUUCAGGUCGUAUCUUGAAUAGAUUUACAAAAGAUAUGGGAGCGUUAGACGAGAUUUUGCCGCGCACGCUAUUAGAUGUGUUCCAAAUUUAUAGCACUUUAUUAUUCAUAUUAGUACUAAACGCCAUAGCUUUGUAUUGGACACUUAUACCUUCAAUAGUCCUACUGAUAUGUUUCUUCUUCUUUGUUAAGUUGUAUUUGAAAACGGCACAAGGUGUCAAAAGAUUAGAGGGCACAACAAAAAGUCCUGUUUUUGGUAUGGUAACAUCAUCUCUUAACGGAAUUGCUACUAUUCGAUCUGCCGGCGCACAAAAAAGACUGAUUGAUGAUUUCGACACUCACCAGGAUCUACACACAUCAGCGUGGAAUUGCUAUUUAGGCGGUGGAUGUACUUUUGGAUUCUACUUGGACGCCAUGUGUCAAAUGUAUUUGACUGUUAUCACUUUUGUAUUUUUAUAUAUAGAUUUUGGUGACUUGAUUGCUGUUGGUACCGUUGGUCUAGCAGUGACACAAAGCAAUAUGUUGACUGCUAUGCUACAGCAUGGAGCUCGUAUGCUUGUAGAAUUUCUCGCACAACUGACUAGUGUCGAGAGAGUUUUGGAGUACACACGUAUAGAAACAGAGGAGAAUCUCUUCGAGGGAUUGCAAACAGUACCAUCCGCGUGGCCGAAUCAGGGGAGAAUUGAAUUUCAAAACGUUUACCUAAAGUAUGCACCUGAUGAAGCACCCGUUCUUAAAAACUUGAAUAUUACCAUAGAAAGUGGAUGGAAGGUGGGCAUCGUUGGAAGAACUGGAGCUGGAAAAUCCUCAUUGAUUUCAGCCCUAUUUAGGUUUGCCUACAUCGAUGGUAAAUUAGUAAUUGAUGGAAUCGAAACAUCAUUAGUAGCUAAACAGAAUUUAAGAUCCAAAAUCUCAAUAAUUCCUCAAGAACCAGUUCUAUUUUCUGCUAGUAUCAGAUACAACUUGGAUCCUUUCAACAUAUACAGCGACGAAGAACUCUGGCGAGCUUUAGAACAGGUUGACAUGAAAUCUGCUGUCCCGUCCUUGGACUUUAAAGUAACAGAAGGAGGCUCUAACUUCUCAGUUGGUCAACGCCAACUUAUGUGCCUGGCCAGAGCAGUUUUACGUUCAAACAAAAUAUUAAUUAUGGAUGAAGCCACUGCUAAUGUCGAUCCCCAAACCGACAAUUUCAUACAACAGACGAUUCGUCGUCAAUUUUCGGAGUGUACAGUGCUGACAAUUGCCCAUCGCCUCAACACGAUUAUGGACUCCGACAAAGUCUUAGUCAUGAGCAGUGGGGAGGUCGCCGAGUUUGAUCAUCCGUACAACCUACUCUCAGAUCCGGACAGUGUAUUUUCUUCCAUGGUCAGAGAAACUGGAGAAAAGAAUAGCCAAGUCUUAUUUGAAGUCGCCAAAGAAAGUUAUUUUCAAACGAAUGUCAAAGAAAGUGAUAGAUGA